UUCAGUAAUCAGUAGCAAAAACCUUGGGGCUUCGUCUCUUCAAUGGCGGCCAUUUCCGUUAGUUCUUCACCAUCUCUUCGCUGCUUGAGAUCUGCAUGUUCCGAUUCUCCUCCUGCUCUUGUGUCCACGACGACGCGUGUAUCCUUCGCGGCGAAGAUUUCAUAUCUGUCAGGUAAUUCUUCGAACCGUGGCGAAGAAAUGGGUAAGAGAAUGGAGGGAAUCGUUAGAAGCGUCGAUGGGAAGAUCUCUGAUGCAUCUUUUCCCGAAGCUUCAUCUGCGACUCCUAAAUCGAACAGGGUGAGGAAGCACACAAUUUCAGUGUUUGUUGGAGAUGAAAGCGGAAUGAUUAACAGGAUUGCAGGAGUCUUUGCGAGGAGAGGAUACAAUAUUGAGAGUCUUGCUGUUGGUCUGAACAGAGACAAGGCUCUAUUCACCAUUGUUGUUUGUGGAACUGAAAGGGUACUUCAGCAGGUCAUCGAGCAGCUCCUGAAGCUCGUUAAUGUUCUAAAGGUUGAAGAUAUCUCAAGUGAGCCGCAAGUGGAGCGUGAACUGAUGCUUGUAAAAGUCAAUGCAAAUCCAGAAUCCAGGGCAGAGAUCAUGUGGCUAGUUGACACAUUCAGGGCAAAAGUUGUAGACAUUGCAGAACAUGCAUUGACUAUUGAGGUAACUGGAGAUCCUGGAAAAAUGAUUGCUGUAGAAAGAAAUUUGGAAAAGUUUCAGAUCAGAGAGAUUGUACGGACAGGAAAGAUAGCACUGAGAAGGGAAAAGAUGGGUGCAACUGCUCCAUUUUGGCGAUUUUCAGCAGCAUCCUAUCCAGAUCUCAAGAAGCAAGCACCUGUUAGUGUUCUUCGAGGUAGCAAAAAAGAAGCCACGGUCCCUCAAAAUAUAACAACAGCAGGAGGAGAUGUUUAUCCCGUUGAGCCACCUUCUGACCACAUGAUACAUCAUGUUCUCGACGCUCACUGGGGACUUCUCACUGAUGAGGACACGAGCGGACUACGGUCGCAUACUCUAUCUUUGCUUGUGAGUGAUGUUCCAGGAGUUCUUAAUAUUGUGACUGGUGUUUUUGCUCGAAGGGGAUACAAUAUUCAGAGCUUGGCUGUAGGACAUGCUGAAACCAAGGGCAUUUCACGCAUUACAUUAGUUGUUCCUGCAACAGAUGAAUCGGUCAGCAAAUUGGUGCAGCAACUUAAUAAACUUGUUGAUGUGCAUGAGGUCCAUGAUCUGACUCAUUUGCCAUUUUCUGAAAGAGAACUGAUGCUGAUUAAGAUUGCCGUGAAUGCUGCUGCGAGAAGAGAUGUACUAGACAUUGCUAGUAUUUUCAGGGCUAAAGCUGUUGACGUAUCUGAUCACACUAUUACUUUGCAGCUUACUGGGGAUUUAGACAAGAUGGUUGCGUUGCAGAGGUUGUUGGAGCCAUACGGUAUAUGCGAGGUUGCAAGAACUGGACGGGUUGCAUUGGCUCGUGAAUCGGGAGUGGACUCCAAGUAUCUUCGUGGAUACUCCUUUCCUUUAACAGGCUAACCAGAGUGCAUCCAUGGAAGUUUGGAACAGCACGAAAACUCUUCAAGGCAAAAAUUUCGUUACACAAUUUUAUGAGCCAACGCAAAUAGAGAGCCAGAGAGACUGCGUAGGUACAUUUGUGACUUACAAGUAUCAGGUUUUUUUUGGGGGUGGCUCCAUUUCAGUUCCUUUCUUUUUCAGAUAAAAAAAAAAAAGUUGUUAGGAAUUCAAUUCCUUUCGUUCGUCUUCUUUUUCCAAUAGUGUAAUCUCGCAAGAUAAAUUAAUCACAGUUUUAAAGUAAGAAGUUACAGAGAUCGCUAUAUGACAAAGAGGAACACAAAUGGACUUUGUAAAUAUGUUUGUAAACAUGUUUAUAGACUCAAAAAGGUCAAACUAA